AUCACCCAAUUCAUUUCCUCCCACUCAUUCCUUCCUUUCCUUUGCUAACAAUCAUAAGCACCUCUCUUUUUCUCUCCUCUCAAUCCAUCUCUAAAUCUUCAUAUCUCCUUUCCAUCAUUAAUCCAUACCAACAAUAUAUUCAUUCAUUUCAUCCUAUAUAUCUAUAUAUCUUAUCUAUACAUAUUCAAGAAAAAGAAGGCAACACAAAGAAAGAUACAAACAAAUGGAUCAUCAAGAAGAAGAAGACAUUGGUCUUGUUCUUGGGCUUGGUUUUGGAGAUAAAAAGGCAUGCAUGUUUAACAAAGAUCAUUGUCGGAAAGACGGGAAGAGAUCGGCCGGGGCCUUGCUUAGCUUGAGCCUCUUCGACGAGGCGUUUCCGAUGAGAGUGAAGAAUGAGAUGGAGCUUGGUUGUGGUGGUGGUGGUGAUGAUCAAGAAGUAGUCAUGGAAAGUGUGUCCAAGACUAGUGAUGAGGAUGAUGAUGGUGGUUCAAAGAAGAAGCUUAGGCUUACAAAAGAGCAAUCUUCUCUUUUGGAAGAUAGGUUCAAAGAACACAGCACACUUAAUCCGAAGCAAAAGCAAGCUUUGGCAAAGCAAUUGAAUCUAAGACCAAGGCAAGUGGAAGUCUGGUUUCAGAAUAGAAGAGCUAGAACAAAGCUGAAGCAAACAGAAGUAGACUGUGAAGUACUAAAGAGAUGUUGCGAAGCAUUAACCGACGAAAACCGACGACUUAAAAAGGAGUUGCAAGAGCUCAAAUCAGUAAACUUGGCCAUGCCACCACUCUACAUGCAACUUCCGGCAGCCACCCUAACCAUUUGCCCUUCAUGCGAAAGGCUCGCCGGAGCUGACGACAACUCCAAAGGCGGCACCGGAGCCUUUGUCAUCACUCCAAAGACUCACUUCUACAACCCUAGCUUCUCUCAUUCAGCUGCAUGUUAGAAUUAGGGUUUUAUCUCAAACCCUAACAAACACACUCCUUUCCCUCUUUACCUUUUUUUUUUUAGGGUUUGGGAGUUAGCUAGGUUAACUUUUUCAUAUGAUCAUGUAUAAAUAAAUACAUCUCCUUUGUAGACAGAUAAACAUGUUAUAUAUAAAUAUAUUUUUAUAUACACUUCAUCAUCUUUUCAUGUUCA